AUGUUGACAGACACUCCAGUAAAAAUAGCCCUCGAGGAAGAACAAAAAGGUGCAAAAGAAAAGAAGGCAAAAGCAUUGGAAAGAAAAAUUAAAUCACAGGCUAAGAAAGCACUUUUUCGAAAGAAAAAUACGAGCAAUGGUAGAAUUAAAUUAAUUAAAUCUACUGCAGUAGGCCUGAAACGCAAGAAGGAACCAAGGCAAGAUGACGAUGAUGAUGACGAUGAAGAUGAGGAAGAUGAAGAUUCACUGUGCUUAAGGUGUCUCAAGCCAUUUUCACAGUCAACCUGGAACAUAAUGGAUUCAGUGCACAACUGCAAGCGUUGGGCUCAUCAGACGUGCGUGAAAAAUGAAAUUCGUUGA